CACCCAGAAGAAUCCUGUAUUUAAUUGGCUCAUAUGGAAAAUUUUAGAAAGAGAGAGACAGCAGGGCUGAGACUAUCUUCUGCUCAGGAACCAAAACAAGCUGGGAGGUGUCCUGAUGGCAAAUUUCAAGGGCCACGCACUUCCAGGGAGUUUCUUCCUGAUCAUUGGGCUGUGUUGGUCAGUGAAGUACCCUCUGAAGUACUUUAACCACACGCGGAAGAACAGCCCACUACAUUACUAUCAGCGUCUCGAGAUCGUCGAAGCCGCAAUUAGGACUUUGUUUUCCGUCAUUGGUAUCCUGGCAGAGCAGUUUGUUCCGGACGGGCCCCACCUGCACCUCUACCAUGAGAACCACUGGAUAAAGUUAAUGAACUGGCAGCACAGCACCAUGUACCUAUUCUUUGCAGUCUCAGGAAUUGUUGACAUGCUCACCUAUCUGGUCAGCCACGUUCCCCUGGGGGUGGACAGACUGGUUAUGGCUGUGGCAGUAUUCAUGGAAGGUUUCCUCUUCUACUACCACGUCCACAACCGGCCUCCGCUGGACCAACACAUCCACUCACUCCUGCUGUAUGCUCUGUUUGGAGGGUGUGUCAGUAUCUCCCUAGAGGUGAUCUUCCGGGACCACAUUGUGUUGGAACUUUUCCGAACCAGUCUCAUCAUUCUUCAGGGAACCUGGUUCUGGCAGAUUGGGUUUGUGCUGUUCCCACCUUUUGGGACACCCGAAUGGGACCAGAAGGAUGAGGCCAACCUCAUGUUCAUCACCAUGUGCUUCUGCUGGCACUACCUGGCCGCCCUCAGCAUCGUGGCCAUCAACUAUUCUCUUGUUUACUGCCUUUUGACUCGGAUGAAGAGACACGGAAGGGGAGAAAUCAUUGGAAUUCAGAAGCUGAAUUCAGAUGACACUUACCAGACCGCCCUCUUGAGUGGCUCAGACGAGGAAUGAGCCAAGACGUGGAGGGCGCAGAUGUCCCACUGCACAGCUGGAAUGAAUGAAGUCCAUCCCCUCCACCUGAAUGCCUGCUGUGUUCUGAUCUUAAGGGUCUAUAUAUUUGCACCUCCUCAUUCAACACAGGGCUGGAGGUUCUAAAACAGGAAAUCAGGCCUACAGCAUCCUGUGUAUCUUGCAGUUGAGAUUUUUAAACAUAAUAUAAAGUCUGUGUUGGUAUAGUACCCUUCACAAGGAAAAAUGAAGUAAUGCUUAUAAGCAGCAGGCCUUUGUGCCUCAGUGUCAAGAGAAAUCAAGAAAUGCUAAAAGCCUUACAAUGGAAGUAGCGUCAUGGAUGAAUCCAGGGUAUGAGCCCAGCAGGAGAACUUGCUGCUUUUGGUAACUUAACCCUUUUUCUCUUAAGAAAGCAGGUACUUUCUUAUUAGAAAUAUGUUAGAAUGUGUAAGCAAAUAACAGUGCCUUUAGAAUUACAAUUCUAACUUACAUAUUUUUUUGAAAGUAAAAUGAUUCACAAGCUUUGGUAUUUUAAAACUAUUGUUAAACAUAUCAUAACUAAUCAUACCAGGGUACUGCAAUACCACUGUUUGUAAGUGACAAAAUUAGGCCAAAGGUGAUUUUUUUUUAAGUCAGGAAGCUGGUUACUGGCUCUACUGAGAGUUGGAGCCCUGAUGUUCUGAUUCUUCAAAGUCACCCUAAAAGAAAGAAGAUCUGAUAGGAAAGCUGUAUAAUGAGAUAGAAAAAUGUCAGGUAUGGAAGGCUUUCAAUUUUAAUACAGCUGAAAGCAAAGGAUAACGAAUUCAGAAUUAGUAAUGUAAAAUCUUGAUACCCUAAUCUUGCUUCUGGAUCUGUUCUUUUUUAAAAACUUCCUUCACCGCGCCUGUAAUCCUAGCACUUUGGGAGGCCGAGGCAGGCGGAUCACGGGGUCAGGAGAUCAAGACCAUGCUGGCUAACAUGGUGAAACCCCGUCUCUACUGAAAAUACAAAAAAUUAGCCAGGUGUGGUGGCGGGCACCUGUAGUCCCAGCUACUCGGGAGGCUGAGGCAAGAGAAUGGCAUGAACCCGGCAGGGGAGCUUGCAGUGAGCCAAGAUCAUGCCACUGUACUCCAGCCUGGGCGACAGAGCAAGACUCUGUCUCAAAAACAAACAAACAAACUUCCGUCAACAAAUAUUUAUUAAAUAUCCACUUUACAACAGCACUGAAAUGGCUGUAAGGGCUCCUGAGAUAUGUGUCCAGCAAGGAGUUUACAGUCAAACAGGAGAGACAUGCCAGUAGUUACAUCCAGUGUGAUGGGUGCUGAGAGGCAAGUACAAACCACGAUGAGAAAAAGGAGAGGAGGGAAAUGCAGAGCUCGCCCUGUAGAAAAAGCACAUCCCAGGUAGAGAGGGUAGCACAUUAAAAAAUGAAAGCAUAAAAAAAUGGAGAACUUAAAAAGAUUAAGUUCUACAAACUGAUAAAAGUGAGUCAGGACCAAGUUGAUGGGCCUUAGAGACCAGAUAAUACUUUCCACGUGCAUAGUAUUUUUCAGAAUCUGAGAUGCACCCUAUCUCAUUCGGUUCUCACAAUCGCUUGUAAUGUGUAAGAGCAUGAGGUCUUUCAGAAAAGCUGGCUGGCCUAGCUGGGCACGGUGGCUCACGCCUGUAAUCCCAGCACUUUUGGAGGCCAAGGCGGGUGGAUCAUGAGGUCAAGAGAUCGAGACCAUCCUGGCCAACAUGGUGAAACCGUCUCUACUAAAAAUAUAAAAAUUAGCUUGGUGUGGUGGCGAGCACCUGUAGUCCCAGCUACUUGGGAAGCUGAGGCAGGAGAAUCACUUGAACCCAGGAGGCGGAGGUUGCAGUGAGCCAAGAUUGUGCCACUGCAUUCCAGCCUGGCGACAGAGCGAGACUGCAUCUCAAAAAAAAAGAAAAGUUGGCUGGCCUAAGGCCACACAGAUGCCAGGUGGCAAAGCCAGUCUUAUGACUCCAAAACCAGGCAUCUGUCUCACCAUUCUACACUGCUACGUCACACAAAUCCAGGAGAGAGAAUUUACAUAAAGCACUGCAUGCGCUUCGGAAGAAAUGCUGUACUUCAUGAAGUGAAGGUAACCUCCCAGGGUUAGCCAGCCUUUCAGAGUUGAAGUCACAGCUUAGGGAUUCAAAAUCAGCUACUAAAAACACUAAUUUAGUUAUUAGAGAACUCCGGGUUCCACGUUCAGGAUCCACCUUGGUUGGCCAGUGGAGAAACACAAGCAUUCUUCAUUCAACAAGUACUGAAGGACCUGUUAUUGGCAAUGGACAUAACGUGUUCCAUCUUGGGGACUGGAGGUGGGCAGAAGGACCUGUUCAGUUUUACUUUCAAAGAAAAGAUCCACAUUUGAGAUUUUUUUUAAGUGUACCAUAUUUUAAGAAAGAAAAUGUACUAUUUUCUCCAGAGUCAGGGGCUAAGGUGUGAAGAACAGAUAUAAAAUAUUAAAAUGUAUUUAGAUGCCCUUCACACAGUAAGGCUUGUGAUGCCUUCAUGGAAAUGAUCAACCCUAUCAUACACAUUGUUAGAUGUGGUAUUAAAGUAUAAACUGAUGACAGUACUAUUCUCCACAUCCUAUCUUAGAUAUGUUUUCUGAAAAAUUUUACCAAUAUCUGUCAACCAGAGGCUCAAUGGUUGCCACCAGAAGUCCUUUUGGAAUUGUUCCCUACAAAACACCCACCAUGGCUGGGUGCAGUGGCUCACGCCUGUAAUCCUAGCACUUUGGGAGGCUGAGGCAGACAGAUCACCUCAGGUGAGGAGUUGGAGACCAGCCUAGCCAACAUGGUGAAACCCCAUUUCUACCAAAAAUACAAAAAUUAGCAGGGUGUGGUGGCGCGUGCCUGUGAUUGAUCCCAACUACUCAGGAGGCUGAGGCAGGAGAAUCGCUUGAACCCAGGAGGCGGAGGUUGCAGUGAGGUGAGAUCAUGCCGCUGCACUCCAGCC